GCGCCCGCUGGCGGGGCCCUGGGUGGCGCGGCGGGGGGCGGGUGCUCUUCGCUGUCGGCGGUGCUGCUCUUCUCCGUCGUGGCCGUAGGCGUGAACCUCGUGUGGUACAUGAGGGUGCUCGGCGCGUCUAGCAGCGCGGAGGAGAUGCCCGCGGCGGAGGAGUUCCAGCCCAAGUCGUGGGAGCGCAGUGCGCCGGCGCCGCACGUCGCCGAGGGCUCCGAGCGGCUUCGCGGCCGAGAAGGCGCUCCCACGCCAGCGCCGACGCCGACGCCGACGCUGGCGUCAGGCGCCGCGGCGCCCGGGCAGUUCAGGGCUAAGUACGGCUUUUACAUCCAUUGCUUCGACGGCAUCCCGGCAAUCAAGUACCAGGUGCUGAAGAUCAAGGAGUUCUACCCUGGCUCGCCGAUCUACAUCAUGAGCGACGGGGGCGAGGACUUCACCGAGCUGUGCAGGCAAGAGGGAUGCCAAUUCGUACUCUGCCCGCCCGCGAACGACCGCUGGCACCCCUGGCCCUUUGUCCGGCGCUUCCUCGACGCGACGAUCGCCCUGAAUACGGAGUACGUGAUCAUGCUAGAGCCGGACAACACGAUCCACGGGCCCGUCACGCGCGAGCCCACCGCCGACGCCGGGGGGAUCGAGAGCAUCGGGCGCAGUUUCCGGCACAAGGGAUACAUCGAGGGCCUGGCGCGCCAGAUCGCAGGCAAGGAGUCCUUCCAGUGGACGAAGCGGGCCAUGGAGGCCGGGCUUGCCGGGGGCUCCUACUUCCGCUCUGAGGCCGUGCUCGACUCCUUCACGGACGAGCGCGUCGCCGCGCUGGACUGGAACCUGCUCGGGGAGGGGGACAAGAAGAUCUUCUCCUCCGACUUCGCGAUGCCCUAUCUGCUCGCGGCGCGAGGCUGGUCCAUGAAGCCGUGGCCAGAGAUCGCUCAGAUGGAGCACGACCCCGACGUGCCCCACACCGGGGCCGCCAACGCCUCGUUCAAGCACUACAGCAGGGGCUUCCCCGGUGGCAAGCCCACCUACCGGCUCAAGAAGGCGCCCGGCGACGAGCUGCUGAGCAGCCCUGCGCCGCCCGAGUACAAGAGG